UGUUUUGUUUUCUGUAGAUGUGCCAUUUCCGCCUAGUCAUAAAUUAACAAUGAAUGAAGUUUUUGAUCCGAAAACGAAAAAACCUCGAGUAGAUAUAUUAAAACAACAUUUUACUGUUGAGGGAAGAAUUGAAGAAUCUGCAGCACUUCGGAUUAUUAACGAAGGUGCUUCCAUACUUAGACAAGAAAAAAAUAUGUUGGAUAUUGAAGCUCCUGUAACUGUAUGUGGUGAUAUUCACGGACAGUUUUUUGAUUUGAUGAAAUUAUUUGAAGUAGGAGGAUCACCAGCUUCAACUAAAUAUUUGUUUUUAGGUGAUUAUGUAGACAGAGGAUACUUCAGUAUAGAGUGUGUUUUAUAUCUUUGGUCAUUAAAAAUUACUUUUCCUACAACAUUAUUCUUAUUAAGAGGAAAUCAUGAAUGUAGGCAUUUAACAGAAUAUUUUACUUUUAAAACAGAAUGUAAAAUUAAGUACUCUGAACGUGUUUACGAUGCAUGUAUGGAAGCAUUUGAUUGUCUCCCAUUAUCUGCACUUAUGAAUCAACAGUUUCUUUGUGUACAUGGUGGAUUAUCUCCUGAAAUACAUACUCUAGAUGACAUUAAAAAGUUGGACAGAUUUAAAGAACCACCUGCAUUUGGUCCCAUGUGUGAUCUCUUAUGGUCAGAUCCUCUUGAAGAUUUUGGAAAUGAAAAAAAUGCCGAACAUUUUAGUCAUAAUAGUAUUCGGGGUUGCUCUUACUUUUACAGCUAUGCAGCUUGUUGUGAUUUUCUUCAACAAAAUAACUUAUUAUCAAUAAUUAGGGCACAUGAAGCUCAAGAUGCUGGGUAUCGCAUGUAUAGAAAAAGUCAAACAACAGGUUUUCCUUCUUUGAUAACCAUAUUUUCUGCACCUAAUUAUUUAGAUGUAUAUAAUAAUAAAGCCGCCGUUUUGAAAUACGAGAACAACGUCAUGAACAUUCGACAGUUCAACUGUUCUCCGCAUCCCUAUUGGCUGCCCAACUUCAUGGACGUCUUCACCUGGUCUUUGCCCUUCGUCGGAGAGAAAGUGACCGAGAUGUUGGUCAACGUCCUCAACAUCUGUUCCGACGACGAGUUGAUGUCGGACGGCGAAGAAACCUUCGAAGGCGCCGCCGCCACCACCGCCCGGAAAGAGGUCAUCCGCAACAAAAUCAGAGCCAUCGGCAAGAUGGCCAGAGUCUUCUCCGUCUUGAGGGAGGAAAGCGAAACGGUUCUGCAGUUGAAAGGUCUGACGCCGACGGGCACCCUUCCGUCGGGAACGCUGUCGGGAGGAAGAACGUCCAUCCGCAACGCUCUGGCGGGAUUCUCCCCCCACCACAAGAUCACCAGCUUCGAGGAAGCCAAGGGCCUGGACAAGAUCAACGAGCGGAUGCCUCCCCGCAAGGACGGACACUCCGCCGCCUCGCGCCUCCUCCCGGAAGAAGAGAAGGCGGAGGCGGGUCGCUACGACGCGGCCGUCAACAGUUCCUGAGAGGCGGGGCGGAGACGGGGCUGGGGCCCGGGGCCCGAGCCGAAGAAUUUUUGGGUGCUCUUUCCGGAAGGCGGCGGUCCGGACGUCGGGCGAGUCCGAGACGACGGCGGGGGCGGGAGGAGUCCUCGGACGGGAA